CGGUAUGUAUGUUUAGUUGUCAUGAAAGACAGCAAUGAAACCCAGAAUGUAAGGUUGUGGAGCUGCUCAACCAAGCUGCUUUCCUGCCUUCUGAGAAGCAGAGGAUCUCAAUGCUCAGUCAAGUGCAAGAGCUUGUUGUACACAGACAGCCUGACCUACUUGACACUUUUUACGAAGAAGUUGUUGCUUUUCAAAGUGACAAAAAUUCUGAUGUCCGAAAAUGGGUCGUUGGCUUCAUUGAAGAAGCUUGCAAGAAAGAUGGUCGCAUGUUGCCCCUGCUGCUGCCCAAUGUUCAACUACUUCUUGAAGACGGGACUGUGAGUGUGGUUAAGCGCUGUGUGCAAGCCACAGCUCCUCUACACAAGUGCACCCUUGUAUGGGUUACAUCAGCCCACACAAUCACUUCUGACAUGGAGCUGGCAUGGAUUAUUCUCACAGGCAUCAAAUCCAAAGUAACUGCAAUGAUUGACCAUGAGAAUGAUGGAGUGCGCACUCAAGUAAUCAAGUGUAUGGAGUCCAUGAUUCUGGUGCAGAGCUACAGUGAAACCACAUCUGUGCACAGAGAGCGGGAGAAUGUCCCAUUCUGCCUCGACAGAGUCCCUCUCACUCUUAAGCUCACUAGGCCCAGAAAGCUUGAGGAUGAAGCCAAACAGAUGGUGCAGAAGUUAGUGAGUUUCCUGGGUAGUAUUCACAUCAGCUCGGUGAACCUGAUGACUUGCAUGAGCUCCCUGGUGAUUUUAGCGAGGGCUCGUCCCAUCUUCCUGCCUUCUGUCGUCCAGUCUCUGGAACUCCUCCAUGCCAAUCUUCCACCCACUCUGUCCAAAUCUCAAGUUAACAGUGUUCGUAAGCAUCUCAAGCUGCAGCUCAUCAACCUUCUGAAGCACCCAAGUGCCUGUGACUUCCACGACAACAUUAUUACAGUACUUACUGAUCUCGGCAUGAGCAGCAGUGAGAUCAACAAAGCAGUUCCGAACCGAGAAGAGAUCCGGAGGCAGGCUAAGAAGCGCGAGCGAGCCAAGGCGGCUGCGGUGGCCAAGAAAGAGGACGGUAAUGAAGGAUCGGCGAGGAAGCGCGCUAGGUUGAGUAACUCAACCUUGACUUCUAACAAAGACAUUCCUGAAGAUCAUAAAAAUACCAUUAAAAGUAAAAACACAUCACAGGACACACCUUCUACUUUAGCAUCACUUACUAAAAUCAAAACUGAAACUAUAGAUUCUAAGAAAAUUGAAGACGAAGGCGGAGAAGAUGAUGAGAAGGAAGAAACGGCUGGAACGUUGCUCGACAUGACGACCAAGUGGGUGCUACGACGUCUGACUAUUGACAACGUCACUGAACUCGUCAUGACCAGCAUGCUGUCGCUCCCCCCCACAAUGCCGGGGCUGUUCAGCGCAGGCUACACGCCCGUGUCAGGCGCUGGCACGCUGCAGCAGAAGCAGCAGCUCUCACGGCUGCUGGCCUCUCAGCUGGUUGCUGCGAACGUGUCGCCCAUGGGCCAGCUGCCGCCCCAGACUUCAGUCGCUCCUAUGGCUGAAGGACUAACCGAGGAAGAUAUUCAGCGCCUGGGCGACAGUGACGACGAAGGCCCCUUUGUGUCCUUCCUGGGCUCCCGUCCUCCCAAUCUAUCUGCCCCUCCUCCCGCAUUGCCAGCCCCAAUAUUGGCACCAAUUCGUCACAAGAUCCAGGCCGUGAAGCUCUCCGAGGUGACGCCGGUGUUGUCAGAGCAGCAGCAGCGCUCGCUUAGCAUCUGCCUCGUCCGCAAUCUUCUCAGGAGCUACCACUUCAAUAAUCUCAGCCAGCUGGACAAGAAACAUCGUAUGCAUAUGAUUGCAAAACUUUUGGCCUUUUCUUCUGCAGAUGAAAUUCGAGGAGUGGAAGAUACGAUGCUACAAGACCCGUCUAAGUAUUGUGACCUCAUAGAGCUGUGGAUUUUCUGUGUACAUUCUGCCACUUGUGACUUCUCUCAGCUGGCAAGAAUAACUGGUCGCAGCCACAAGAAGAAGGUUCUCACGAGCAAACAAGAAUACGACGACAUGCUCGUGCGCGUCGUGAGGAGUAUUGUCCCGCAGUGCACCGAACAAACUUACCGGGAUUUGUUGUCACGACUGUUACUGUCGUGUCCGGCGGUACCGGUUACUGUUGUGUCGGCGCUGGUGGAGUGCGCGGUGUCCGACAACAACAACAGCUCGGCUCUGGUCUGCUACUCAGCGCCGCUGCUGCGGGACUUGGCGCUCUGGCGGUCCAACGUCGCCACACACACACUCGCCCUUCUGUGCAGCCUUGCCAUGCACAGCGACGACCAGGUACGAAAGGCUAUUCUGCAAGAAGCUGAGGCAAUUCUUCUAAUUGGUGGCAGUCAAGCAGAGUCGAUCAUGUCAGCAGGACGUCGCCAGCUGCUGUACCUGGAGCAGCCUGAGCCUCCUGACGCGAUGUUCGCCGAGUUCCUCGGUCGCCCCACCAAGCUCGAGGAGUGGGACGAAGCCACUGUCAAGGCCUGCCUCGACCUCCCCCUCACCAUCCUACCGCUGCACGAGGCGCUCGUGCAUGAUUUAGCGCUGGUUUACAUCAAGACUGUGAACGAGGCGAAGCGUGGCAUCCUCCGCCUGCUGGAGGGCCCCGUGAGCCUCAUGGGCAUGGACUCGCCGCAGCUGCUGGCUCUGGUGCGCUCGACGCCUAAGGGCAGCGAGACGCUCAUCACGCGCAUCAUCCACAUCCUCACAGAGAAAGCUCCUCCGAGCGAGGCGCUGGUGUGUCAGGUCCGUGAGCUGUACAACAGGAGGGUGAGCGACGUGCGCUUCCUCAUUCCGGUGCUCACGGGGCUCAGUAAGAAAGAAAUUAUCGCCGUGCUCCACAAGCUCAUCAAACUCAACCCACACGUCGUCAAAGAGGUGUUCAACAGACUAUGGGGCGUGGCACUCGACUCUGGGACGUCUCCGUUAUCGCCUGUGGAGCUUCUUGUUGCUCUGCAUCUCAUAGAGGCGGACAAGUGUGACGUCAAGACGGUUAUUAAAGCGACGGGGCUGUGCUUCCAAGAGCGCUCGAUCUACACUGCGGAGGUGCUGGCUGAGGUGCUGCAGCAGCUGCUCGACGAGCCUGUCAUCCCGACGCUCUUCAUGCGCACCGUCAUCAUGACCCUCACUCACCAUCCUCAGCUCCUGUCACUUAUCAUCAGUGUUCUGCUCAAACUCAUUGAGAAGAAGGUUUGGGAGCAGCCGAAGAUCUGGGAAGGCUUCGUGAAGUGCUGCGAGCGAGCCAGCCCGCAGUGCGUGGCUGUCUUGCUACAGCUUCCCAUCCAGCAGCUCUCGGACGCUUUCGAGGCUUCUUCUAUGCUGAAAAAUACACUCGCGACGCACAUUAAAUCACUCACCAAGCAUCAGAAAUCGAGUAUCGGCUUGGACGUAUUAGCGCUCGUGGGCGCGCUGGACGAGACGCCUGACGACCAGGACCGCGCCGCCGCCACCACCGCACCAGUUCGGGAAAUUCCUGCUCCUCUCCAGCUCGCCUAACACGACAAGUCUUCAAAAGUUCAACAAGAAACUCUGCUAUAAGUGGAAUCUUCAUCUAUUAAAUGCGUUAUAUUUCAGUGCAAAUUAUUAUUUAUUCCGUCAGUUUAUUCGCUAUUCGAUGUGAUACUGAAUUAUUUUCUUUUCUUUAAAAUGUAUGAAUGCACAAUUUCUCGGUCUAAUGGAUAUUCAGCAUCUCUAACAGUGUUGCAAUAUUUAUCCUUUACUCGAUCUAGUUAGCUCGAAGAUAAAAAAUGUUAAUUUUUCCCCCGUAGUUGAUUAACGGAAAACUAAGCCAAUUUUAUCUUUAAUUUCAUUGCCAUUUGUUGAUGCAUGGUAAUAGGUAGGUUAUGAGGAAAUUCCUUUAAAUAUUGAGGGAGUUUUUUUUCAAAAUAAUGAGGAAAUUUUGUAUGCAUGACAAACAAAAUGAUACUGAAUGAUGCUUUCAUGUUGAUGGAGUAACCCAAAGUGUCGUGGGCUCCAUCUCUGACAUGGCUGUGGACUACAUCGUGGACUACAUACAUUUUGAAUUACGGUAUUUGAAUUAAUUUUGAAUUAUUUGAAUCAAGUUACAUCAAAACUAA